AUGCUCUCGCCAGCAUUUGUAAUGGCCGCCCAGGCGUCCUAUGACGGAACCACUGAUCCAACUCUUCCUCUACCGCAUCACGACUUUGCUGGCUCUGUCCGAAUCUACAUGAAACAUGUCUACACGACAUUUUGGGCGCGAUUGAUCUCAACAGAAGAGGACCUGCAGGAGCAUAUGCUAGGGAAAUCAUCACGUAUGCAGCACACCUGGGGAGAAAUUUUUGCAACAGCACGAAUUACUCAUGAACAGACUUACCCAGGCGUUAAGAGCACUACAGCAGUUGGUCUAAGCGAAGGCCAAUUUUGGGAACUCGCUCAGAGGAUGGUGAUCGGCUUCUUCAAUGGCUUUCCUGAUCCUCCAUUCGGUUGGUUGAAGGUGGUUGGUGGUGAUGGUUUUGGGGCUGGAGGGAUUCGUGUAUUGGUCUCUGAAUGA